AUGAAGCUGCCGCUGCUGUUCUCCACUCUUUUGGUCACAGGACUGGCCAAGUGUCCAGAUGUGAAGUCUCUCGAUGUUUUCGACGCUACGAAGUACACCGGCCAGUGGUACGAGAUCGCGCGGUACCCCCUGAUCGGGGAGCUCGGUGAGACCUGCGUCCAGACCAACUACACCCUGAAAGAGGACGGCACCAUCCGACUGCAGAACCUCGGGAAGAAGCCGGACGGCAGCAUAGACUCCAUCAUGGGCACCGCCACCGUCAAGGACCCGGCGCACCCGGCCUCCCUCAGCGUCGUCUUCGACGAGGGCUUCCGCGGCAGCUACAACGUCAUCCGCACCGACUACACGCAGUCGGCGCUCGUUUACGCCUGUGACAGCCUGCUCGGCUUCACCCUGGAGUACGGCUGGAUCCUGUCCCGGACGGCCGAGCUGGACCAGACCGUGGUGGACGCGUACAAGCAGGUGCUAGCCGAUGCCGGCUCGGACACAACCCAGUUCUCGAUGACCCCGCAAGACUGCGGCAGUUUGUUCUAA